ACGUGCUGCAACGAAUUUCUCUGCGCGUUGUUAUGAACCGUGUGUGUGUAUGCGCGCUGUACCAAACGAGGAUUUUUAGUGAAUUUUAAAGAAAAUAUUGCGUUUAAACUAUUGAAACCCGAUUCGAAACAACAGGCAAAUUACGGAAAACCAGUUGCAGUGAAUUGUGCGUCAAAAUUUCAACCCUUAGUGCGCUUUAUUUUGUGAUUUGCAUUUGGCUUCGGUGUGAUGCUUGUUGUUCGGUUGUUGGCGUCUGUUGAUGUGCUUGCCCGUUGUUGAUCUUGCGUGAAAACAGCAAGCAUGAGCUCGAGAGGAAAACGAUCAUCUAUCCUGAAAAAACAGCAAACACUUCCACCCUCCAAUGGGCGUGCUAGUAGUCCGGUGGCAUCAUUGUCGAGUGUGUUCAAAAGCAGUAGAAAGAUAGAAUUUAACCGUAAAAAAUCCGUCAAGGAAUUUCUCGUCGGCGAAGAUGUGGACACUAUCUGGGGCAAUUCGUACGAAGUUUCCACCGACGGUACACCCUCCAAUGGGCUGGACGAUGCUACACUAGCCAAUAGCACCUCCCCGAGCAUAACGGCCGAUGAGCAGAACAAGGAAAAUCGAUCACUAAACCAGCCCGCCACAGUGGGGGACGAUUCGUUGCGGCGUAGUUCAAUCAACAGCACCAACACCAGCUGGGAUCUAUCGAUCACGAUAGCGGAUGACGAACGGCGAAAAAUACGCAGUGAAACGUCGGCCGUUUUCUCGCAAAGCCUAAACACAACCGAGCGGUUGCUGGUGGAACCGUUUACCGUGCCUCCGGUCGCCGGUAGCGUAAGGAUAAAGUUGAACGGUUUACAGGUUUCGGACGACACCGAAGUGCAGGCGAUGGAUAUAAGCCCGAUCAAGCCGAACGUCCUGCCAUCGCCCUCCAAAUCGCCACGGAAGAUGAUUUACACCUUUCCCAAGCAAGCUAUGUUUGUGGAGAUUAAUGAUGUUCCGCGUUUGAAUGCGGAUGCCUCGCAAAGCGCGAAUCAUCAGCGGGACGUGCAAAAAACAUCGAUUGGACCAUCCUGGCACACCGCUCCAUCCGACACUGGGAGUCAAACGCUUCGUAGUUCCAACAGCGACGUGUCGGAAACGUGGAACUCGCAUCCGCAUACCGUGUAUCGUCCGGGAAUGCUAUCGCAUACGCGUGAUGGCGCCGAUGUGGGAAACGUUAGUUCCGACGUGGAUACGACGAUCGCGCUUACAAACGCCAUGACGAAGGUGCUUCAAUCGUGCUCGAACGAAUCAAUUCAGAAGGCGGCCAAUAUGGACCUGGACGAAUCGACAACGACAACGAUACCGACAAACGCGCUGGCGCGUGCUAGACCAUCAUUUUUACCAUCCAACCAGCGCCCCUGUGUGGAUGAGUCGCAUCUGGAUGCUGAAGCCGACCGAACGCCAAUAGGUGUUAGGCAGCAGGAAAAGGAUACACUGCCGGCAGAUAUAUCUUCCCCCCUGGAAGGACACGCACAGCGCGAUAGCCUGUCGUUCGAUAAUCUUUCACUUUUGAACGAUAUUAGAGGGAAGGAAGAAAGCACAAACAAAACCGGCUCUUCUGAUCAGCAGGGAAAGAUCGGGGCGGACAAAUCAUCAGUAGAAGGUAAACGGGAGUUGUUAACGAUCGAUUUUGGAUUGUCUUCGUUGAGCAUGCAUGGAAGACCCAGCUCACCCGAGGUGCCGGUCGUUGUUAAACCAAGAAUUUUACGUCCCACGCUGCCACCUGCAAUGAUGCUCGAGAUCGCUAGCGGGAAGCAAAAAGACUCGAAAGACGAAUCCGAUCGACCCAGUCGGACGUUAAGCCGGCAGAAAGCAAUUACCAGCGAAGAUCGGGCUGAAGCUGAGGCUGGCUGUAAAAAAUCGCUUGUGGAUAUGGACGUUUCAACGAGAGGAGAACACAAGUCGUGCAAACCAUCAUCAUCAUCGGUUACUUCGAUUCAUUCGCGAACGACCGUUGACAUGGUAGAAUCUCCAAAGCAACCACGACAGCCCGGUCGAUCAACGGUUUUCCUUUCCAACGAUAUUGAACUAGAGGAUCGUGUGGAUGAGUUGCCGAGACAGCAUCGUGGAGCCGUUCUGUGCAAUGACAAGAUGGAGCUGACGGCCCACACUGCUACUACGCGGCGUACCGACUAUGGACAGCAGGAGGAAUUAAUACUGGAUGAAACGACGGGAAGGCUGGUAAAACGUGCCACCGUUCUCGGAACCGUCCCGAUCGAUGAAUCCUCCGCGGAAUGCUGUCCCCCACCACAUUCACCCCAAACAGCGCUUAAUAACUAUCGGAAAACUGUGUAUCCUUUGGACCGAAUGAAGGAAGACGUGAGAACUGAUCCCGCUCGGCAAACAAUUGUUUGUAAUGAUAGUAUGACGAUGGAUGUGUGCGCAACCACCACGCAAACCAAAGCUGGUAGCGCAUCUUCUACGGUGGCAUGCGUCGUUUACGGCCGGAACGUGGAUGAGCUUUCGAUUCACGCCACACGUGGUAAUAGUGCGGUGGAUAUGAAAUUUGCUCGUCCUCCAGUGUCUAGUUGUCGUCAAACCGUGGUGCAGGAGGAGAAUAUGGCCAUAGCGGAAGAGACGACUAGUAAAAGCCCUCUGGCGACAAACCCAGACCGCCGAACGAUACAUACUGUGCGUGCAAUGGAAGAAGAAAACCCUACGGUGGACAAUUGUGCGCAGAAAAGCGGUGGAACAAAUGCCCGGAAGAGUAAUUUUAAUGCGGAAGCAAUGGAGCUAACUUUGGUGGAGAAAUUGAAAGACUUGCCGGAGCAGUUUAGAGCGGUCCGACACACAAUGCACGCCACUGAGGCAAUGGACGAAAGCAAGGUGGAGCCAGCACGGUGCGUGCGGAUGGAUACGAUCGGGCAUGGCGAGCUGCAAGAGUGCAUGGAACUUCAAAAAACCCAUCAGACUGAAGAAACGGAGGUGCCCGUCAUUCAAAAAUCACACCCAACGUCAAGGAUCCCUCGCCUGACGACCUAUUUGCGAGAGGAUAUGCAGGACAUUCCAGACAAGCCGAGAUAUUCCAUCUACGAACGGGAGGAUAUGGACGUUACGAAGGCUGACGACGAUCGUUCGAAUUGGGCAGCUGAAGUGAAUCCGCCUGUCCAUAUGAUGAGCCAGCUGAAAUCGAGACUGUCCGUGUACGAGCAUGAAGCCAUGAACGCUACGAAUGUUUGUGCAGGCGAGCGCAAUUAUUCCUCCCCGCGACGAGAAUCGAUCGAAAGCGGCGGGGAAGAGGUGCCGCCCGUCACUGAUACACAAGCCAAAAGUGUUACGAUGCAAGAACCAAAAAGCAAACCGCGGCAAACCAUACACCUGAAAGAAGCUAUGGACAUCGAAGCGCCGAACGAUAUUACAAACUACAACACAUUUUUGGAACAUUACGAGUCAUCCCAUGCUACAACUACUUCCACUGCACAUCAAAUGGAUCUUUUGCAAGAAAAAGCCUUCAAUUCUACACGCCUCUCGAAAGCAUGCGAACGGGAGGUAGAUCUUUCGAGGUCGGUCAUUCGCUCGAGACUUUCAUCCUACCGUGUAGAGGCAAUGGUGGAUGAGUCCGGGUCUAAUGACGAUCAGAUAACACCACCGGAUCAAAUGUGCCCGAUGAAUUUGCCAGCGAAAGUACCGUUUUCCACCGCACAGCUAGAUUCUGCCAUGCAUAUGUCACCACCGGUCGGGGAUGAUUUCCGAAAGUCAGCACAAGGACGCAACGCGAGAAAGACCGUUUAUUGCCCGGAAGAGAUGACAGCUACACCGAAAGAGUCCAAAACAACCCAAGAAUCGUGUGGUUUGCGAACAUCCGAUUUGCAAAGAAUUGCUAAACAGAGCGAUCCGAUCGACAUGGAAGGUAUAUCGGUGCUCGAGAGUGAUGCAACUGAUCCGAAGCUGGAAAGGGAAGUUAUUGUGGCUACUACCACCACCACCACCACCAGGGGAACAAUCUUCUUCAGUGACGGUGCCACUAGUGCGGUAGAAGCGAGCACGAAAAAGCACCCUCAUAAUCGGCUCUCGAUUUACGAAGCAGCGGCAAUGGUUGAGGAAACGGUACCGUUCGAUUACGCACGAUUGAAGCAAGGACAUCGCGCCAAGAUGUCCGCUGAGCGCAAAAGCAACGAUUGUAUGGAUGAAACGAUCGUUCCGGAGAACAUCCGGGUAGAGCGUGAUACAAAAUACGUCCGACAAGCGUUUAGCAGAAGAGGAAGCACUCUGAAAGAAUCGCCCACUAUCGUGUGUCCUGCCGAACAUCCACCCGCAAUCGAUUGCCAUCUGUCACACGAACAAGGUACGCCACUGUACGGCACGGAUGAAACAAUGGAGCUAACGACUGCCGUCUCCAAGCCGCACAAACCUUCGCAAGCAGUUAGAAGCAGACAAACGAUCCAUCAACCAGCAUGUAUGGAUUUGACGGCUGUUGACGGAGGGACUGUGACACCGCCACCUUUGGCAGGAACACCGGAACCACCACCAUCUUCUCACCGUGAAACCAUCCACAAUGCUACAAGAGCGAUGGAAGAAACACUCCCCCCACAUAAUGGGCCGGAAGUCAGCGUUAAAAGCGCGCACCGACGUACGGCUCGUCAGACAAUUUUAAUUUCGCAAGAUAUGGACGUGGAGGAGGAGGAGGAAGAGGAGCAGUCCUACGCACUAUCGAUGCUACCUCGUGAAUCGACGGAAGAUCGUGUUCCUCGCUCGGCAUCAAUCCUACCAAAGCGAGCCUUCUUCUCCACCUUUCCGUCGCUUGAUAUCGGUUCCGACUUUAGGAAACCCAGUCUUCCGGAAUAUGGUCCACAGCUAUCUCCAACAGCGGAAAGGAAAUCCGUCACCAGAAACGAUUCACGCGCGUUCAACGUACAAGACCUUACUGACAUCUCCAUGUCCAUCUCGACGAUGCAACCAGAGCUAGCGAUCCCGUACAUUGGCAACAUUACCGCUGGUGGUAUGAUGAGCUUGCGCGAAGUUCCGGAACCGUUUCCGUCUGCAUCGUUCCAAGAGCAGAGCAACUCGGUGUCCGUUAUCUGUCGCGUCGGUCAGGAUGGGCCGGAUGCGUCGGUGGGUCAUCAAAAGACGAUGGCUUUUGUAGCGGCCCGACCAAACCACGUACCGAGUGACGAUGAAUUCUACGAUGCGGAAGAAGGUGAUGAUGCUGCGGUCGAUCCACUAUCGCUGACGAAAUCGCGCCAUUUAACGAUGAAGUUUAUCGAUGUGGGACAGCUGGAGCAGACCGGUUACAGCGCUCCACCUACUGCAAGUAAACGUGUUCACGCGCAAGUCCUGAACUCACCUCUCGUCAGCCGACCUACCGAGGGUGAUCAGGUGGAUCCGUUACAAAUGACCAACCUGCGACAAUCGCUACGCAUGGAUGUGGAGCAUACGCCACAAGGACCGAUUAAGAAGCGUCCUCGAACUUCGUUUGAAAAUCAAGCUCAAGUGGAAAUGGCUGGCUCCACCAGGAAUACUGCUGCUGCGGUUGAACAUCCCUCACCAACGCCUGAACCGGAACCUGCCAGCAUUGAGGAAGUCAUCGUAAAAGAAGAACGACAUACGCUAGCGCACGCUCCUGCGCGCGAGACACUCAUUCACGAUCCGUCGGUGUUUGCGAUGGAAGAGCAAAACUUGCUAGACGACGAAUCGGACCUUCCGUGUACCUCCCUGACGGAAGAAAUGCACCUGGAGGACGAGGAUGAGCAUAUACCGGACGGGCAAUCCCUAACGCCACCUCUAUCGCGACCAACACCACCAAUACCGGUGUGCAAGCUUACGGAGUUAUCGUACUACAAAAACUUUGCCAACUUGACGAUCGACACGUUCGAUUCGGGUAAUGAGGAAGCGUCGUUCACACCGGACGAACUGCCAGAACCGACGCAUCAGGAAGAGGACGCGUGCGUUUCGGAAUGCAUUUCGGUUAGCGAUGAGGAUUCGCUCAUUGUCACACCACCGAGAGUACCGCUCGCUGCCAAAGGUGGUGGAAUGUUGGACCGAAUUUUGAACUGCAACAAUCGGGCAGCGAACGAGGAUGCUGCUGCGCUUGAUUCGACCAUUGCCAGCGAAAUUAUGUAUAAAAUCCGGCAGAAGCGGAAUCCGAUCGUACAGCAUCCGUGCUGUGGUAUGCAGACCGAGUGCAUUUGCCGGCUGCAGCGAGAGCUGAAGCGCCAUCAGGAGGUGACGGAUUCGGUGUGGAACCGGUGGUGCAGUAAGUUUGAAACGAUCAAGCAACGUAUACCGAAGGUGUCUGAGCAGCAGCAGCAGCAGGAACGUACCGAGGAGAAACUAAGGCUGACGAUCGAAGAACAGAUCGAGGAGUUGAAUUGGCGAUUGCUGCGGGGAAAGCUGGAUGAAAGCUUCCUGUUUGUGCAGGAUGAGCUGAGCAGGGAGGAUGUAUCGAGACGCAGAAGCAGGACGACCGCCAGCGGACACUACCCUGAGCCGCCUAGUCUGGUAUUUUUGGCGGAAAAUUUAAGAAGCUACCUAUCGGAAGAAUCGUACGUCGACUGCAGUCCUCCGCCAGGCGCUCCAAUGCCACGAAUCCCACGUAUCACUCAGCUGAUUGCGAAUAAGCUUUCCACCGAUCCGCACUCGCACUGGCUGCUGGACUGUUCGGAGGAACUGGACGGUCUGCUUCUGCUCCGCCACCGUACCCUUCGAAGUUUCGUCCUUUCGAUACAGCUGGCGCCACCACGCACUAAAAACCCAGCGCCCGGCAGCAUCACGGAAAACUGGCGCCUGGAACGGAUACAGGUGCGCGAAUGUCAGCAAGAGUAUGUCCACUCACCGAAGCUGCUGCUAGCGCACAUCGAGUUUAUGCGGCUGGCGAAGGAAACGACCGAGCGGACACUCCGAUCAACGUACCGUACCGUUGCGUCGCUGAUGGGUUUGUGGCAUCGGUUCGAUGAGCUCCUGCAGCGGGUGUUUGACGCUGUCAAUCGGCUGCUGACGAUCAUCCGCAACAACGAAGCUUUGCUGUGUUACGAUGCUCAAAUGGAACGAUUUUGUGUGAAGAAGUGCUUCCACCGUACCCUCGAUGAUGGAAAAAUCGAGGCGAACAUACUGAUGGUACACUUCAACUGGAUCGGAAGCAUCGGUGCGUCGGGAGUGAGCUUCAAAUGGCCCGUAGCAGACCCGGGCAAGCUGCUACCAACUGCACCCAGCGCUGCUGCUGACCAGCAUUCGGUCGCUUCCGGUAGUGGUAACUUUGUGAUGCAGGGCGUUGGGACGAACGAUAAAGCGGGCCUCAUGUUUCUGGAGUGUUUACUAUGGAACGUGGCAAAGCAGUACGAAUCGUAACCCCCCGUUGCGGGGCAGUUCGCUUCUAGUGAAUCCUACAUAGAAUGCAAUUUAACACAGCAGUAAGUGAAUUGUAGAUUAACCGUUCGUUUUUUUAUUUUUUGGGAUUCUCAAUCAACGUUAGCUAAAUUAUCCACAACUAUAGUUAAGUAAGUGCUUGUUUGUUUUAUUUUUAAUGUGGAAUCGAUCGGUGACGUAGGUGUAGCAGUAUAGUCUCGUUUUAUCGACUGUGUAAUAAAUGGUUAAAUGUAAACUUGCGAU